UACACAGAGCCCUACAAGGUCUGUCCCAUCUUGGCAAUACCUCCCACAUCGCUCCUCACAUCGGAUGAAGAGCAGGGAAGCUCGGAGGAGGAGGAGAGUGCUCCAAGAGACCCCAGCGUCACCCACAAGGUGGAAGGACAGUCCAGAGCCCAUGUCAUCGCCCAGGAAUUGCUCUCUUCGGAGAAAGCAUACGUGGAAAUGCUCCAGCACUUACAUUUGGAUUUCCAUGGAGCUGUCAUGAGGACCUUGGAUGAGAUGGACCAAGAGGGCAGGGACGUGCUGUCCAGAGAGGAGCUGAGGCUAGGCCUGAGCCAACUCCCAGCCAUCCAUGACCUUCACCAAGGGAUCCUGGAGGAGCUAGAGGAGAGGCUGGCGCACUGGGAGGGCCAGCAGAAGGUGGCUGACGUCUUCCUGGCGCGAGAGCAGGGAUUCGACCACCACGCCGCUCACAUCCUGCAGUUCGACAGGUACCUGGGUCUGCUCAGUGAGAACUGCCUCUACUCCCCGCGGCUGGCAGCUGCUGUCCGUGAAUUUGAGCAGAGUCUGCAAGGAGGUGGCCAAAGUGUGAAGCAUCGGCUCCUGAGGGUGGUGCAGCGCCUCUUCCAGUACCAAGUGCUUCUCACAGACUAUUUAAAUAACCUUUGCCCAGACUCGGCUGAGUACGAGAACACUCAGGGCGCACUGACCCUCAUCUCCAAAGUCACGGACCGUGUCAACGACAGCAUGGAGCAGGGGGAAAAUCUGCAGAAGCUGGUCCACAUUGAGCACAGUGUCCGGGGCCAAGGGGAUCUCCUCCAGCCAGGAAGGGAGUUUCUGAAGGAAGGGACGCUGAUGAAAGUAACAGGAAAAAAUAGACGUCCCCGACACCUGUUUUUAAUGAGCGAUGUGCUUCUCUACACUUACCCCCAGAAGGAUGGCAAGUACCGGCUGAAGAACACCUUGGCGGUGGCCAGCAUGAAGGUCAGCCGUCCUGUACUGGAGAAAGUGCCCUAUGCUUUAAGGAUCGAGACUUCUGAGUCCUGCCUGACCCUGUCUGCAAGCUCCUGUGCAGAGAGGGACGAGUGGUACAGCUGUCUAAACAGGGCCCUUCCCGAGGACUACAAGGCACAGGCCCUGGCUGCGUUCCACCACAGCGUGGAGAUGCGGGAGCGGCUGGGGGUUAGCCUGGGGGAGAGGCCCCCCACCCUGGUGCCUGUCACACACGUCAUGAUGUGCAUGAACUGUGGCUGCGACUUCUCCCUCACGCUGAGGCGCCAUCACUGCCACGCCUGCGGCAAGAUCGUGUGCCGCAACUGUUCACGCAACAAGUACCCUCUGAAGUACCUCAAGGACCGGAUGGCCAAGGUCUGCGACGGCUGCUACGGAAAGCUGAAGAAGAGGGGCGGGGACAUCCCGGGCCUGAUGAGAGAGCGGCCCGUGAGCAUGAGCUUCCCCCUGCCCUCGCCCCGCUUCUCGAGCAGUGCCUUCUCGUCCGUCUUUCACAGCAUCAACCCCUCAACCUUCAAGAAACAGAAGAAAGUCCCUUCAGCCCUGGCUGAGGUGGCUGCCUCAGGAGAGGGCUCUGCCAUUAGCGGCUAUCUCAGCCGGUAUAAGAAAGGCAAGAGGCACUGGAAGAAGCUCUGGUUUGUCAUCAAAGGCAAGGUUCUCUACACCUACAUGGCCAGUGAGGACAAAGUGGCCAUGGAGAGUAUGCCUCUGCUGGGUUUCACCAUUGCCCCAGAGAAGGAAGAGGGCAGCAGUGAAGUAGGACCGAUUUUUCACCUUUACCACAAGAAAACUCUAUUUUAUAGCUUCAAAGCAGAGGAUACCCAUUCAGCUCAGAGAUGGAUUGAGGCCAUGGAAGAUGCCAGUGUGUUAUAGCAGUUACCAAGUAUGUGGACUCAGAAUAAACUCUUAGGUUGAUAUGUGGACCUUUCCAGAAGCUGAUCGAUGUCUCAUCUCCUCUGGACACACAUCUGGAUUCAGCAUGAGUCAUGACCUUUUUUGCCAUAACCCCCUCUCUUACACCUUUACAAGUGGAACCUUCAAGGAGUAUUUAUGGACCUCUCCUUUUUGUCUUCGUUUUUUCUACCCCAUCAUAAACAAUUUCCUUAUCCAGCAAAGAGUUAAGAAUUAGUAACAUGAAGACAUGGAAACCAAUAGAAAAGUACAUUACAAAGGCAGGCUUACAGUAGAACAAGCUCUUACAGUUUUUCCUCGUGGUAAAUAGUAUCACUUUUCAUAUUGUUGAUUUGUGUGCCUCAGGUGCCAUGAGCAACAACUAGGAAGUAGCAGCCACUCUCACUGAAAGCACUUUAUGGUUUUACUGAGCUGCAACCUCCAAUUUUAUGUUUUCCAAGUG